AUGUCGCUGAAGCGCUGGCUGGUUGUUGCCUUGUCUGGUCUCGCUGUUGCGACUCGAGACUGCAUCAAUUCACCAAGCAGCCGAAAUUGUUGGCGAGAUGGUUUCGAUAUCCAGACCGACUAUACCGACCUGAAGAAUGUUCCCCAGGGCAAACUUGUCGAGUACGAUCUCACCGUGUCGCAGCAGACCAUCAGUCCCGAUGGAUACGAGAGACUGGGAACAGUGUUCAAUGGACAAUACCCCGGGCCUACUAUCGAGGCGGACUGGGGUGACACGCUUCGCAUCACGAUACGUAACAAUUUGACCAACAAUGACAACGGAACAGCUGUGCACUGGCAUGGUCUCCGUCAGUUUGAGACCAACUGGCUUGAUGGUGUCCCUGGUGUCACACAAUGCCCGAUUCGACCCGGAGAAUCCCAGGUCUAUGAAUUCCGGCCGACGCAAUAUGGAACGUCUUGGUACCAUUCGCAUUUCAGCUUGCAGUAUUCCAAUGGAUUGUAUGGACCGAUCUCCAUCCACGGCCCAACUAGUGCGAAUUACGACAUUGAUUUGGGCCCAUGGACCCUAACCGACUGGUAUCACGAUGAUGCAUUUACACUGAACUGGAUCUCGCUGGCAGGUCAGCUGGCCCCUUUCCCCAAGUCGACACUGCUCAAUGGCAAGGGGGUAUAUGAAUGCGAUCCGGCAAAUGACACUCGCUGCACGGGAAAACAAGAAUAUUUCGAAACCACCUUUAAGCGGGGCACUAAAUACAAAUUUGGACUCAUCAAUACGGCUACUCUGCUGACCUACUCCUUUUGGAUUGACGGACACAAUUUCACAGUCGUCGCGACCGAUUUCGUCCCCAUCGAGCCGUUCACCACAAGCAAGCUGAAUAUCGGCAUGGGACAGCGCUACGACAUCAUCAUUGAAGCAAACGCUAAUUUUACUCAUGGCUCCAACUUCUGGAUCCACGCAGAGUACUGCGCUGAGGCCGGCGUCAUAGACAACACCAAAGUCGGCAUCAUUCGAUACGAUGCAAACAACACCGCCGACCCUUAUACACCAGCACCAAACGAGGAUUACGAAUGCGCAGACCCCAACCCGAGCCUACUCGUCCCAAUAGUAUCGAAGAGUGUCGGUGUUAAAGCCAACACGAUGGACAUCAAAGAUUACCUCACCGUCGGCGAAGUCAACAAGCUUCCAUCGCCCUGGAUUCCAAACCCACGCGUGCACCUCUGGACCAUCAAGACCACCGCGCUAUACAUCGACUGGGAAGUGCCCAGCCUGGCCAAAUUAACUGCUGAAAAAAAUAGUACUAUCAACACUGAGUUCCCGCCGCAGAGUGUCCCCAUCGUGCUGGACUAUGAGACCGGCGAAUGGGUAUACUUCCUCAUCACGGCCAACUAUUCCGUCGAGGACGUCGUCACGCCGCGCAAUCUCACGCCUACUGUACACCCGAUCCACUUACACGGGCACGACUUUGCGAUUCUAGCGCAGGGAGUGGGCGAGUUCACCGAGGACGUUAAGCCUAGUACCGAGAAUCCGCCGCGGCGGGACGUCGUCGAUGUCGAUAUCGGGGGCUGGGCAUGGAUUGCGUUUCAGAUUGAUAACCCCGGUGCGUGGCUGUUACACUGCCAUUUGCAAUUCCAUGCUUCGGAAGGAAUGGGGCUGCAAUUCAUUGAGCAGCCUGGGAAGAUCAAGGGUCUAGUGGAGAAGGCGGGUGUGUUGGGGGAGUUCUCGGAGCGUUGCGAGGCAUGGACCGAUUGGUAUACAUCCAAGAAUAUCCCUGAUAAUUCAAUACAGGAGGACUCGGGGAUCUAG